CUCGGGAUUCAAAUAUAUUUCCGAUCUCGUGUAAAUUACACUCGAAUUUCGCCACACGACUGACUGUGACAGAAAAAUUGUAAUCAUUGGUUUGAUACUUGGAUUGAAAUCUUCCUAUCGUCGAUUCCAGUUUUAAGAUGAGUUAUUAAGAUGUCUAAAGCCACAAAGAGAAAACAUGUCACAAAGGAAGUCCUAGAUGAGUUUGUUCUGCCAACAGAAGAUCAACAAAUUGUCAGGGUGACAGCUGGCAGGGGAAAUAACUUGCAUGAAGUAGAAACUGCCCAAAAUGAGCGUUUCCUUGUCAGCAUGCCAACACGAUUCAGGAAAAAUGUCUGGAUCAAAAGAGGAGACUAUGUACUUAUUGAGCCGAUCCAAGAAGGUGAAAAGGUGAAGGCAGAAAUUGCAGCUAUACUUUAUAAAGAGCAAAUAAAGUAUAUCCAGGAAGAGGGAAAAUGGCCGGCAGAAUUUGUGCUAAAGGAGAACAAUGCAGAUGAGGGAAUUCCAGCUGACAUGCUGCCCCCUAGUGAUGACGAAGAUGAAGAAGGGGAAUUAACUGUGGUCAAUGCCAACAGAAGGCACAUAGCGGUGUAUGAAGAGAGUGAAGAGAACAGUUCUGAGGAGGAGGAGAGAUAGGGGGCGGGGCUAUGUGUGACAGUUAAAAAAAUAAAUCAAGUGGCUAAGGGUGUGCUGGUGACUGAUCAACUUUUAUUGCAUGAUUAAUAACAUUGUUACAUAUCACAAAUUGCUAUUUCAAUCACAUUCCUCUUAUUGUACAAUCUGAUUAUUUUGAUAAAAUAUUCUAAAUACAUGUAAACAAACCAGGAAGUAUGGACAAAAAAAUCUUUUCAUAAAA